AUGUCUUCAAGCUUGUCGUUACUUACUGCCAUGCGCCCGCGCGUGCUGGCACAAGGAACGCGACCGGGCGCAAUUCGCAAUUUCUCCAUUUCUCAGCGCCUCCGCUCCCCGGAUGCUGCUUCGGUAGCCUCGUCCUUCCUGGCGCGUUUUCAAUCCCUAGGGCCCCAAACACGCACACAAACGAUAGAUGCAAACCAACUUCAGCUUUUCACCCUCACUCUCAAUCGCCCAACUCUCUUCCCCGGUGCUCCCUCGCUGUCCAAUGGCGCCUCCGCCCCGCAAUCCGCAGUACCGGUGCCGCCAGGCUACCACCUCGCGUACUUCACGCCUGCGUUUCUGGAAAAUGAACUCGGAGCUGAUGGAACCGACGCAUCAUACAACCCCGAUGUGCCAUUCACCCGGCGCAUGUGGGCAGGCGGCGAGGUACUGUGGCCUCGCGUGGAUGGGAAACCCAACCCGUUGCGGGUAGGACAGCAGGUGCAGGAGACAACGCGGGUACUAAGUGCGGAACCCAAGAUUGUCAAAAAGACCGGCGAAGAGAUGAUCGUUGUUGGAGUAGAGAAAGAAUUUGCCAACGAGCAUGGCGUGUCAAUCAUUGACCGACGUAACUGGGUCUUCCGUAAGGCUUUACCUGUUCCAUCCGCAUCAGCAGCAUCCAGCGCCCCUGUGUCGUCAUCAACAUCCCAUCUCGCGACCCCGAGUCCUACCUCAUCCCUCAUCUCCACCGAGGGCAACACGCACACGCGAACCCUAAUGCAAACACCCGUGACACUCUUCCGUUUCUCUGCUUUGACUUUCAACCCUCACAAGAUCCACUACUCGCUGCCGUGGGCGCGAGAUGUAGAAGGACAUAGGGACCUUGUUGUGCAUGGGCCCUUGAACCUGAUCUCCAUUCUGGAUCUCUGGCGUGACACUCGCCUCAAUGUCACAGAUCCCACAUUGGUCGUCCCAGAGCGUAUCUCUUACCGAGCAACGAGCCCUUUGUAUGCUGGGGAUGAGUAUCGGAUUGUGCUUGAGGAAGGGGAGGGAGCAAAGGUGCAAAUUAUCGGACCUGGAGGUAUAGUCGCCAUGAAGGCCGAGAUUCACUAG